CCCAGCUAAGAAUUCCAUCUACGUCACGACUUCAUGGAAACAUGUCUGACUCCGGAGCGUUACCCGCGAUGUAGGAGUAUAUAACACGUAGUUCCAUUUCAUCAAUACACUCAACUCAUUCACACAAUAUCGAUCGAUCUUAUAUUUACUUACUCACGAUGGCAUCAGGUCUGCUGCAGAAGCUCCUCCACCUAACCAACUUCCGCAGUCCCUACCUACGGACCGCAGUCCCCGGCGUCGCAGCUGCGUUCGCGCUGCAGACCGCCGUGGCGGUUCCUUCCAUCCUCGCCCAGUCCGAGCGCUUCUACGACGCCUCCGGGUCCGUGACGUUUCUAUCCGUCACUUUGCUGAGCUUGUACCUGCCUAGUUUGCGCACCCGCGCCGCUGCUUCUUUAGCCGGCCUACCUAAGCCGCCGUUGCCUAGCUUGCUCAAUGCAUUUACGGGAGGCGCUGGGGGCUUUCAUUGGCGGCAGGUGGUACUGAGUGCGGCUGCUGUCUUUUGGUCUGUUCGAUUGGGAUCAUACCUCUUCCGCAGAAUCUUGCACGAAGGCACCGAUUCGCGUUUCGAUAAGAUCCGUGGCGAGCCCGCUAAGUUCGCCGGCGCCUUCGUCGGCCAGGCGACUUGGGUAUCGCUGUGUCUGGCGCCCGUAAUCGCCAUCAACGCAGUGCCUCCAGCGGCUCUUGCGGCCGUUUCGCUAAGAGCAACUGAUGUUCUCGGGCUUGCGCUAUUUGUCGGCGGGUUCGCUUUUGAGAUUAUUGCUGAUCGGCAGAAAGGCCGUUGGUUGAGUCGACGGAAGGACAAGUUGCAUGAUGAGCCGUUCAUGACCGAGGGGUUGUGGAGCCGGAGCCAAUUUCCGAAUUAUUUCGGAGAGUGUACGCUAUGGACGGGUAUUGCUACUACAGCUGCCGGUGUGCUUUUAACGCGCCCGGUUCAGGUUGGGCUUGGAUUCUCGGGUGGUUUGGUGGGCAAGGCAUUCUCUUUGGCGCUUUCGUUCGUGAGCCCGGCAUUCGUUAGCUUCCUGCUGUUGAAGGUGACGGGUGUGCCUCUGAGCGAGAAAAAGUAUAAUGCCAAGUAUGGUCAUCGCAAGGAUUACCAGGAGUGGAAGCAGAAUACUCCCAAGUUCUUCCCCAAGCUCUUCUAGGAAUACACGAAGCAUAACACAAAUACGACAUAGCUAAACCAGAUCACGGAAGUCACUAUAAAAUAGAUAUGAAUAGAUGUGCAGGUUUCACGGAUUGUU